AUGGCCAGCGAGGAACUCCCGUGGCACGUCCGUGUCCGGACCAGCAAGCGCUUCAUUGUUGGCUCUGUCAUCAUCGCCGUCUUUACCGACACCGCUCUUUAUGGCCUCCUCACACCUGUCCUCCCAACAGUCAUCCAUCAACGAUGUGCUGUCGCAGAACAGCAAAUCCAAUUCUUUACCUCCCUGGCCGUGGGCAUGAUGGGUGCUGGCAACAUGAUCGGAGCAUGUCUAUUUGGCUACCUGGCUGACCACACCCGAAACCGACGCAACCCGUUCCUACUAGGCCUAUCCAUCUUCAUCGCCGCGACCGCCACAAUCUGGGCUGCUCACCACAUCGCCCUGAUGGUCAUUGGGCGCUUCUCCCAGGGCCUGGCUUCAGCUGCCGUUUGGAGCGUCGGACUUGCACUACUGGUCGACACUGUCGAAAGCGAGCAUGUUCCGUCCGCAAUGGGCUGGGUCAAUCUCGGAUUCUGUUCGGGGACUGUCGUCGGUCCCAUGGUCGGCGGCUUCGUGUACUCGUACGCCGGGUUCGACGCUGUUAUGGGCGCGGCGGUCGGGUUAUUGGGGGUGGACGUGGUUCUUCGGAUUCUGAUUAUCGAGAAGAGCGACGUUGACGCAACGUCAAAAUUGAAGGAUGACAGCCCUGAUAACGAACGUACUAACCUCCUACACCAAUCCCGACCAGACAAUCACGAAGUCGAAUAUGAAGACAGCAACGACAGCAGACAGAGUGAAUCUGAGUUCGCGUACAAGACUCUCCUUAGCUCACGCAAGUUCCUCACGAGCCUCGGUUGCGCCCUCGUUCAAGCCAUGACCAUGGGCGCAUUCGAGGUUACGCUGCCGCUGCAUCUUCAGAAAGUCUCAGAUUACGCCCCAUCUCAAACGGCUCUUGCGUUCGUCCCACUCAUGGUUCCUGCGUUCUUCGCGCCCCUUGUCGGAACCGCUUGCGAACACCUAGGAAACCGCAUCGUCGCAUGGACUGGCUACGCGGUUCUCGGUACAAUGCUUGUCCUGCUGCGCUUGCAUACCGGCGACAGUACGAUUCAGCAGGUUGGAUUAUUUGUGGACCUCGCAUUUAUUGGCACGGCGAUGACAAUGAUCAUGACGCCUGUGCUCGCUGAUAUCUCGGUUGUUGUGGAUGCGCUUGAGGAGGAGAGGCCAGGCAGGUUUGGGCCAAGGGGAGCGCAGGCACAGGGGUAUGGACUUUUCGAAUUGUUCUACUCCGGAGGGACUCUUGUGGGACCUUUGCUAGCCGGCUGGUUGAGAAAUGAUUUCUCGUGGGGUGCGAUGACCCUGGUCCUGGGGCUAUUGAACUUGAGCACCACUGCCCUCAUUUUAUCUGGACCUUAA